GAGGGAUAAAAAAUAUAUAUUUUAUCCGAGUUUCGUGAACGCAUCUUUUCUUUUCUUUUUUCUUCCGGAAGUGACGCCACACACGGGGCAGCGGAGGUCUUCUGUUGUGUGCUAGCAGUUUGAGCCAUCCAAGAUGACUACGGCUGCAAGACCAACAUUUGAGCCUGCGAGGGGAGGCAGGGGGAAAGGAGAGGGGGAUCUGAGUGCUCUUUCCAAACAGUAUUCCAGCCGAGAUCUCCCAGGUCAUACCAAAAUAAAGUACAGGCAACCUACCCAGGAUGCCCCAGAGGAGGUGCGUGCCCGUGAUUUCCGCAGGGAGCUGGAGGAGAGGGAACGUGUCGUUGCACGUGAAAAGACCAGAGAGAGGGGACCCAGAGAACACACCACAUCAUCGUCGUCUUCCUCUUCAUCAUCUUCCAAGAGGCCCAGACUGGAUCAAAUCCCAGCAGCGAACCUUGAUGCUGAUGACCCUCUGACUGACGAGGAUGAAGAUGAGGACUCCGAGGAAGACAGCGACGAUGACGACACCGCCGCCCUCCUCGCCGAACUGGAGAAGAUCAAGAAAGAGCGAGCCGAGGAGCAGGAACGCAAAGAGCGAGAGCAGAAGGCAGAAGAGGAGAGGAUUCGCAUGGAGAACAUCUUGAGUGGAAAUCCACUGAUUAAUUUGGCCGGACAGCAGCAGCAGCAGACCCAAGUUCAAAACACAUUUAGAGUCAAACGGCGGUGGGACGAUGAUGUUGUGUUUAAAAACUGCGCCAAAGGAGUGGACGAGGCACGGAAGGAGAAACGCUUCGUCAACGAUACGCUGCGCUCCGAGUUCCACAAGAAGUUCAUGGAAAAAUAUGUAAAAUAAAAGACUUGCUUCGUGUUUUAUCAGACUUUUUUUUUUUUUUUUUUUUUAUCUUUGUUCUCCGACCCUGAAACGGUAGAUGGCAUUUAUUGCCCCAGAAACUUAUUUACAAUUGGCAGAGUCAACAGGUAGAUAGCUGUACAUAAAUGAGUUGGUGACUUUCAUCCUUUGUUUGAACCUGAUGAAAAUGUCUUAAAAUGUGAUUCAACAUUUCUUUGUGUUUUUUUUUUUUUAUUUCAAUAAACAUUGAUUUUGCUCACUAA